AGCCAGUUGAAAAUGUUGUUCAUGAUAGAGUAUUGAAUAUUGAAAGUGAUGGUAGAUUACAUGUCAUAUUUGCUGGUACUAAAGUUGUACAACAUACUCCACCCAAUAAAACAACACCAGGACUUAAGUCUCCUGAUAAUGGAUGUAUUGCAUAUGUAUUGAGGACAGGGUUUAACACUUCUCAGGGGAGUCUUCUACGUACUAUAAUGUAUGGCGUUAAAAGAGUCACUGCUAACAACUUGGAGACAUUCCUAUUUAUAUUGUUCCUGUUGAUUUUUGCUGUUGCUGCUGCUAGUUAUGUAUGGGUUAAAGGCAGUGAAGACCCGGACAGAAAUAAAUACAAGUUAUUUUUAGAAUGUACCCUUAUAUUGACGUCAGUAGUGCCGCCUGAAUUACCGAUAGAGUUGUCAUUGGCUGUCAACUCAUCGUUGUUAGCAUUGACCAAAUUAGGUGUAUAUUGCACAGAACCAUUCCGUAUACCAUUUGCUGGUAAAGUGGAAAUCUGUUGUUUUGAUAAAACUGGUACAUUAACGACAGAUAACUUAAUAUGUAAGGGAAUAGCCGGGCUUGAUACUGGCAAGAAAGACAAUGAAGGACUAGUGCCUGCAUUACAUGCACCUAUAGAGACGAUACAAGUGAUAGCCACAUGUCAUGCAUUGGCAAAGCUGGAUGAUACAUUGGUUGGUGAUCCAUUAGAAAAGGUUGCACUUACUGCUAUUGACUGGAAUCUCACUAAAAAUGAUGUGAUGAUACCGAGAAAAACCAGAAGCCCACCUCUGAAGAUUGCACACAGAUUUCAUUUCUCCAGUGCUUUACGAAGGAUGUCUGUCUUAGCAUCGUACCAAGAAACUGGAUCCAUUGAAAACGUUUUCAUGUCUACAGUAAAAGGAGCUCCAGAAACACUUAAAGAAAUGUUUUCUGAGGUGCCAGAGAAUUAUGAUGAUGUUCACUUUGAGAUGUCGCGACAAGGAGCCCGAGUAUUGGCACUGGGUUAUAAAAAAAUAGGCACCCUUUCAAACCAACAGGUUGCUAUGAUAACUGGUGAUAAUCCACUGACUGCUUGCUAUGUUGCUAAGGAACUCAAAUUUUCAAAGAAACCAUCAACACUGAUUCUCACACCACCUGACACAAAAGAUUCUGAUUGGCAUUGGCAGUCUGUUGAUGACACAAUUACAUUACCCAUGAUUCCAAAAGGUGGAGCCAACGAACUCAUUAAGAACUAUGACCUUUGCAUGACAGGAGAGGGUAUGACUCAAUUACUGAGUGUCAAUACAAAGCUUUUCAAUUCCUUACUCCCUUAUAUUAAAGUAUUUGCAAGAGUGGCACCAAAACAAAAG